AUGGCUCGGUUGAAUGACUACCCAGCUCCUGCUGAAUCCAUUGAUGCAUUAAAACGACGAUUUGUGCGACAAAACCGGGAGAUCGCGAGAGUGAAUUCAUUGCAAUCUCUUCGUAUUCGCAGCCUAGAAUCAGAAGUAUCGCAUCUGCUUUCAGAAAAUGUGUCGCUUCGAAAACAGGUCAUCAAUCUCACCCAGGAAACCGAACGACUGGAAGCAGGGAAACUGCUACACAAUGGAAUCUACGAUAUAAAAUCUAAGCUGGAUGCCAAACUAGCCGAGUUGAGCAACUUGGCGGCUGAUUUGGGUUCGUUACCCCGUAAGGUGGGAAAGCUUUGCGACCAACAGUUGGAUCGACCAAAGCAAGCAGAGUCGAGACCUAGGACAGAAGACAUGAUUGGAGGCGAAGAUGGAAGGCUUCCUGCCAUUAUCGAGGACAAAUAUUACCCUCGGCAGACUCUGGAGCCCCAAGAGCUUGACAGCUUGAUUCAUAGCGACCAUAGCAUUCUGGAUUCUCCGCCACAGUUCAGCUUUAUGCCGGAGGAAGGAGAUGCACCCGAACAUUCAAGUCCAUCGCCAGAAACAACAUUCAGGAGUCAAAUUAACAAUGAUACGCCCGGAGAGCCGGAGCCAUUACUUCCUCCCACUCUCGAGAGACGCAAGAAAAAGAAGUCGAGUUCGAUUAUUGCGCCUGAGAUAAGCCCCGCGCCAACAGACCGCCAACCAAUCCCACCCAUUGAUACCACCCAGCACGCAGCAUCGGUUUCAACGAAGCGCAAAUACAUACCCGAAGACGAUGACCGGUUCACGUCCAACCUGAAUAUCGACAAUGAUGAAUUCCAAUUCACCCGACCCAGCCACAGCCCCAAAACGCAAAUGAACCCAUUAGAAGAUGCACAGCGAGACCAGUCGCCCACCAAAAGCGAUGUUGGAUUGACCAGAGGGUCAAAACCCCCUGUUCUGUCUAUGAGGAAGGUUCUCGAACCAAAGAGUGCAAAUUCCAAUCUAGGCUCGCCCAAGAAGGCUCGCACGUCUUCGUACAAGGAGUCCAAUCUUCUACAAAGGUCUACUAGGGGUGAUGAGAAUAAGAAUUCGCCACAGAAAGUCAAGGAUGUCGAGAAACUCGGCGGCAAGACCGUCAAUCAAAAACCGCGUGUGGCCAGAAUCGCCCCUUCAAACCAAGAAAAGCGCGUCAGCCGCCCUGCCCAUCCCCAGCUGGAAGAGCCAGCCCCACGCCAGCCAGCGCUGUCCCCGCAUCCGAAUGCGAUGAAGACGGAGGAAGAGUCUGCAAUUCGGCCUUCCCGACGUCGUGGUGCUGUGGUUAGCUAUGCAGAGCCCAACCUACGGGACAAGAUGCGCCGCCCUACGAAGGAAAUGAUCGAUGCUGUUGCACUUGGGUCACGAAGGUCUUCCAGUUUCCAGACAGGCCGGGAAAGUUUGGACGGAGGAGAGGGCGGCCACACCUCUCGUGGUAGACUCCCUGCUGAUUUCACUCUUGCCACGCAGAGCUCGGAUCUGUUCUCCCUGGAUGGAUCCUCGGAACAGCUCCUAGCAAUGGUCUCCCGGAGAAAACGCAAGGUGUCGUCAACCCCAAAGGACGACAGUGAUGCGGGGACCCCAAACUCUGACUUUAAAAAUGACAUCAAAAAAGAGAUUGAGGACAGCCUCGCAGAUAUCUCUGCCCAAGUAUCUCAAGAAUCACUGAAUUCGAGGCGUCAGACUAGACGUCACUCGUCAAAUCCCAAAAGUACAACUGCAAGCAUAGCACAAUACGAGGUGGACCAGGCUGAACCACAAUCCCCAAUCGCCGAUUCUCCGGAAGAUGAAGGCUCAUUUGGACCAGGACCAACCGGUUCUAUAAUGGACACCAGCCACGUCAGACGUGGUCAGCGCGUUGCUGCAAGGAGAAAAAGCAUGAUGGUAUGA